GCUUUUGACCCGAGAAGAGUGUGUUUAAUGAUAUGACAACUAGUUUUAUAGUUAGUGAAGAGCUAGAUAGAGACGGUUGUCUUAUUGCAAUAGACAACCACAGCGUGAUUCAACCACAGUCCAACCAUAUUAUCGAUAAAACCGAACACGAUACGACACUGUGUGUUUGGGAAAGGGAUGGCGAUUUUAAUUGAAUUGAGUGUAUAAUAUCUGGGUGACUUGGUAUACGUAUUGCCUGUUUGUUGAUAUAGCGUGUGUAUCUCUAUAGAAGGCGGACGAGAUCUAUUAUAUACGUACGUGUCUAUGUUUACCGUAACUUCUUCAACUUAUUCAAUUAUAUCAUAUUCUACUGAGGGAAUUGUAUAUUAAAGUUGCAGUAUAUGUAAGUGUUAUAAUAAGUAAGAGAGAACAUUUUGGAAUAUAUAUAAACAUUAGUAAGGAAUCAACAACGCAGUUUAUGAACAUUCCUAAUGGCCGACAUUAUACAUAAACUGUUCGGCCCUAAGCAUAGUCAUAAACAUGGAGAUAGCAGUAAAAAUGUCGAUUCUGAAGGAUAUACAAAACAACAGCAUGAAUUCUUCAAAGAAUUUUUAGCCAAAGCCAAAGAAGAAUUUACACAAAAAUGGGAUCACCCAGCCCAGAACAAUGCAUGCCUGGAUGAUUUUGAUAGAAUAAAGACAUUAGGUACCGGGUCAUUUGGUCGGGUCAUGUUAGUACAACAUAAAGGAAAUAAAGAUUACUAUGCCAUGAAAAUUCUCGAUAAACAGAAAGUUGUAAAAUUAAAACAGGUUGAACAUACUUUAAAUGAGAAGAAAAUUUUACAGGCAAUUAAUUUCCCUUUUCUAGUGAGAUUAGAAUAUUCUUAUAAGGAUAAUACUAAUUUGUAUAUGGUUUUGGAAUUUGUAACUGGGGGUGAAAUGUUUUCACAUUUAAGAAGAAUAGGCCGAUUUAGCGAGCCCCAUUCCCGGUUCUAUGCAGCGCAAAUUGUCUUGACUUUUGAGUACCUUCACUCUUUGGACCUAGUAUACAGAGAUCUUAAACCAGAAAAUAUACUUUUUGAUACUCAGGGGUAUAUAAAAGUAACUGAUUUUGGAUUUGCUAAACGUGUUAAAGGCAGAACCUGGACGUUAUGUGGCACACCUGAAUACUUGGCACCUGAAAUUAUUCUCAGCAAGGGCUAUAAUAAAGCUGUAGAUUGGUGGGCACUAGGUGUACUUAUCUAUGAAAUGGCAGCAGGAUAUCCUCCAUUUUUUGCUGAUCAACCUAUUCAAAUCUAUGAAAAAAUUGUCUCUGGAAAGGUUAGGUUCCCCUCCCAUUUUAGUGGUGAUUUAAAAGAUUUAUUACGUAAUCUUCUACAAGUUGAUUUAACUAAAAGAUUUGGUAAUUUAAGAAAUGGUGUAAAUGAUAUUAAACAACACAGAUGGUUUAACAGUACUGAUUGGAUUGCUAUUUAUCAGAGAAAGGUUGAAGCUCCAUUUAUCCCUAAACAUAAAGGUGCAGGAGAUACUAGUAAUUUUGAUGACUACGAAGAAGAAGCACUGCGCAUAUCUUCGACAGAAAAGUGUGCAAAAGAAUUUGCCGAUUUUUGAGAUGGCCCUGUUUUUACUAAUCUCAAAUCAUCAUCAUGCAUGGAAUCUUCCUUACGACAGUUCAGUGGUUUUGAUUGGUCUCACUAAGCUGAUGCACGCUAACAUCUGGAACUGUGCAUCGGAUAUAUUGAUUUAUCACAGUGCCAAGUAUACAAUGCUUAUUAUAUAUGUUGUGGAGAAAUCUCACAAGAUUUGGGUAUCUUGGACAGUAGAAUGUUAAAUUUAAUAAAUAAAAAUAAAUGGACUGGACUGUAUAUUGUUUUAUCGGAUGGAACUUAGUGAUGUGUUUUAUUACCACUGUUGUUGCUCAAUUAUAACUUAUCAUAUUAUCAUCUCUUCAUUAAAUGAACACCUCUCUAUUUCUUCAAAUCAAUGUCAUGUGUUCUGAAGGUAACUUCUUAUAAAAGGGAAAAAAAACCAAGUUGGAAUUAUAUUGUACAAAAAAUAUUUGUUGAUUGGACGUGACCAUUUUAUCACGGAUCACAAAGCACCAAUCUUUUUUUUUAGCUUCAUUAAGUAUAGGGUGGUGAGAUUUCCAUAAGUAAUAAUUUUUCAGAUAUAGUGUAUGUACAUUUUAAACACAAAAAACUAAAUAAAUAAGAACGCGUUUCCUGUCUAUAUAUGUGAGUCAGAUGUAUACAUGUGUAUGGUUGUUUGUGUGUUUCAAUUCAUGCUGGUAUUUAAUUUUCUAUAAUAAUGGCACGGAAACACUGCCGAAUAAUUAAGUAAUUUAACUUCAGCAUUUAUAUAUAGAUGUCAUUUUCUACAUCCAUUAAUGGGAUGUGUUAGCAAUGAGACGACGACGACGUGAGAACCUGUAAAUAUCAAAUGUUCUGUUUCCAAUGUGUUUGUUUUUAAUAGUGCUGUUGUACAGUUUCUAGUUAGGAAUUUUAACCCCUCCAUCUUUUUAUUAACAUUUCAAGUUCCAAACUUCAUUGAUUCUUCAUCUUUUAAAAGCAAAAAGAAAAAAGUCUUAAUGAUAACAGUAUUUUGUUGUAGGAUGGAAGACGAUGUUAAUGAUAAAUUUGUUGAUAAUAUUAUUUUUGAAAGUUAAAGAAAUGUAACACUAUCUAUGUACAUGUAUGUAUAAUAAGUAAAGUAUAUUCAAUUAAAAUCGUAUCUAUAUUACCUCUGUCUAGACAUUAUAAUAGGUACUACAAUAAUUCCUAUACAUAUUAUAUAAUAUUUAUUUGCUGAU